AUGUCGUCGUGCCGCCUCCUCAUUCUCAACGGUCCCAACCUCAACCUUUUGGGUACCCGCGAGCCCACCAUCUACGGCUCCUCUACCCUUGCCAACAUCCUCGACGGUGUCAAAGCCCUGGUGGCCGACCGCGACGUCCAGCUAGAAACCUUCCAGGCCAAUAUCGAGGGUGCCAUCAUCGAGAGGAUCCACCAGGCUCGCGAGGACAAGGUUGACUUCAUCGUCAUCAACCCCGCGGCUUACACCCACACCAGCGUGGCCAUCCGCGACGCCCUCCUCGGCGUCAGCAUCCCCUUCCUCGAGCUACACUUGUCCAACGUGCACGCCCGCGAGCCCUGGAGGCACCACAGCUACUUUAGCGACAAGGCCGUCGGUGUCAUUUGCGGUCUGGGAGAGUACGGCUACACGGCGGCGGUCGAGUUUGCCAUUAGGCAUGUUAAGAAGACUAAGGAGGCCGAAUCCAAGUUGUAA